GAAAGGAAGGAAGGAGGCAGGGAGGAGGCAGGAAGGGAGGCGGCUCCGCCAUUGCGAGGCUGUGGGAGGCGAGGGGAAGCCGCCAUGCCGCUCUACGAGGGGCUGGGCAGCGGCGGGGAGAAGACCGCCGUGGUGAUAGACCUGGGCGAGGCUUUCACCAAGUGCGGUUUUGCAGGAGAAACAGGACCAAGAUGCAUUAUUCCUAGUGAAAUAAAGAAACCUGAUGUCCCUAAGCCUAUCAAAGUUGUCCAGUAUAAUAUUAAUACAGAAGAGCUAUAUUCAUAUCUGAAGGAAUUUAUUCAUAUGUUGUAUUUCAGACAUCUGCUGGUGAAUCCCAGAGACCGUCGUGUUGUGAUCAUAGAAUCUGUCCUCUGCCCUUCACACUUCAGAGACACACUCACAAGAGUCCUUUUCAAGCAUUUUGAGGUACCUUCUGUAUUGUUUGCUCCAAGUCAUCUGAUGUCUCUCCUGACACUUGGGAUCAAUUCUGCCAUGGUGCUGGACUGCGGAUAUAAAGAAAGCUUGGUGCUGCCUAUAUAUGAGGGAAUUCCGAUUCUGAGCUGCUGGGGUUCUCUGCCGUUGGGAGGAAAGGCUAUCCACAAGGAGCUGGAAUAUCAGUUGUUGGAACAGUGCACAGUUGAUACAGGAUUAGCCAAAGGACAAAGCCUUCCGUCUGUGAUGGGCUCAGUUCCAGAAGACAUAGUAGAAGAUAUAAAAGUUCGCACUUGUUUUGUGAGUGAUCUCCAGCGUGGGCUGAAGAUCCAAGCAGCCAAGUUCAACAUUGAUGGCAGUGCUGAGCGUCCUCCGCCACCUCCAGAUGUGGACUAUCCUUUAGACGGAGAAAAGAUUCUCCAUGUAGUUGGCCCCAUCAGAGACUCAGUUGUGGAAAUACUGUUUGAACAGGAUAAUGAAGAGACAUCUGUUGCCACUUUGAUCUUAGAUUCGCUCAUUCAGUGUCCAAUAGACACCAGGAAGCAGCUGGCAGAGAACUUGGUAGUUAUUGGCGGCACUGCCAUGUUGCCAGGAUUCCUGCACAGACUCAUGGCUGAAAUCAGGUACCUGGUAGAGAAACCAAAAUACAAAGAAGCACUCGCCACUAAAACCUUCAGAAUUCACACUCCGCCUGCCAAACCCAACUGCGUGGCGUGGCUGGGAGGGGCCAUUUUUGGAGCACUUCAGGACAUCCUUGGGAGCCGCUCUGUGUCCAAAGAGUAUUACAGCCAGACAGGCCGCAUACCUGACUGGUGCUGUCUCAAUAAUCCUCCACUGGAAAUGAUGUUUGAUGUUGGAAAAGCGCCCCCACCGCUGAUGAAGAGGGCUUUCUCCACAGAGAAAUAAGCACCUAAGUGCUGCUCAAGGAUUCUCCUCAUCUAUUUCAAGUACACACACGCACACACACAUUGGGAACUUUUUUUUUUGUAUUAAGUAAUUUAUGUAACACUUCGGUAUGACCAAUGUGGAUGGUUUUGGGUAGUAGCAUGGUAUGUACUAACGCUGUAUUUAAAACCAUGUCCAGUUGUUGUUCAGAAAAUUAACUUUGGCAACUACUACGCUAUUCUGUCCUCUUAUGAAAAGAUGUGUAGUGAUGAGGUGUAGCUUACUGAGUUCUGUUUGUACAGUAAAUGACAUGGUUGAGAUUUGUUUUAAGAUAUUUUGAUUUAAAGUAUGCUCAGAAGAGUAACGGACAGGCUCCUUUGGGAAACAUCUGUCAAAGCUUUUCUGCCACAUUCUGUACGAAGUAUUCCACCCUUGAAUCACCUGUGAGGACUGUUAGGAAAUGGUUUGGGGCUGUUUAGCAAAGGUGCUGUAACAAUAUUUCCCCUGCACAGGGAGUCCUGCUUGCAGAGUUUUAGCAGAGAACUCUUCUGCCUGUAAUUCUCAGCUAACAGCUCCCCCAGUGCCUCUCCUCCGAGGAAGGAUUGAACCGUGUAAGAAUUAUGAACAGGUGCACGGGGAAAUCUUGAACGUGUUACUGAAAUGCCCAGUUCAGGAGUCACUCCUUUGCCCUCCUUCCCCCCAUCAGAAAUAUUAAAACCUCAUUGUACUGCAACAAUAAGUAUUAAAUGAAAAUGCACUACAGAGUUAAUUGCUUCAAGAAAUGAUGUACAUUUUGACAUAAACACCGUAUUUGGGAAAGAUGCUUCUUGUAGCUGAUUUCCCCAUGAUGUCUGCUAACUACCUGCUGGGGUUCUCAUAGCACGUUUCUAAAAUUUAAGCAUAUGUUAAAAGAAACAUUCUGGUGGUGAACCUUAACACGAGGCAGCAUUUAAAUAAGCUUCUGCAUGACUUUGCCGUUCUGUUUCAGAUGUUUUAUUUUAGCAUGUGGGGUUAUUUGACACAGGGUAGGAGAUGUUUCUUUUUAUCUUAACUGUUUUUGAAAUUAAAGAAAAAAAAAGGAAUCACUGCUUAAAGUGUUACAGUCUGUCAUGGGGGAGAUUUUACUGGUUGGUAACAGUGGUCUGAUAAGCACUAGAACAAAAGAUUUCUCUCCAGUGGUGUUGGCAGGUGUAUCUUUAAAUCGCCUUCUUUCUACUUCAGAUGAGCUGCUUGGCUGUCGUACAGGAAACAGGAAAAUAAACAGACGUUGUCGUGA